GUGGUGGAUGCCGCGAAGCGCAGUGCUGGCCGGGGGGCGAGGACGCUGGAGGAGACCUUGGCCCAAUUUGGCUUGGACACCAUUGUGGCAAAGGAGCAGCAGACCUUCCACGGCGCGUUGCAGUCGCUCCUCACGGACGGCUACGAGGAGAUCACUCAAGAAGCGGGCUGGACUGGCGCAGAUAUCGAGGUUCAGAUACCCGAGAGGGACUUGGAACUUGAAGAGGAG